AUGCCGGAUACACCUGAUCUUCUGGGCUUGAGCCCUCUGGAUCACAUCCCCGCGAAGCUCUUUCUGCCGUAUAUCCUAUUCUUCGACACGGCCGACCCCCAAACCGCCGUCCAAUCCCUCCAGAAGGGCAUAGAUAAACUGAUCUCCCAAUUGCCCUGGCUCGCUGGAGAUGUGAUUCUCCACAGUGCGCCCGGGGGGCCCAAGAACCGAAUGCACAUCGCGCGCCCGCGCAGUUCGCCCUCUGGGGUCCCCAUGCUGCAGGUCAAGCACUUCGACCACGAUAAAGAUUUCCGCACACACCCAGUCCAUACCUAUCUCCCUCUGCCAACGUUCAUUCCGGCUUCCGAGCAGAGACCCGUACUCCGCUUCCAGGCCAAUGUCUUCCCUAGCAAGAUUGCUCUGGCCAUGUCCUUCUGGCACAGCGUCUUCGACGGCACCGGGGCUGGCGUCAUCCUCGAAGCGGUUGCCGAGUGCUGCAAGACGGCCAAUGAUGACUCCAAAUGUCCUAUCGCUCAGACAAUUGCAGAGACCCAUAGUGAGCUCCGAAAGAAGGUCUCGAGCUUCCCAUCCCAAUGCCAGGUGCGCCUCGACCACAGCGUGGAACUCGGGACGCCCAUUUUCGACCCAAAUAUUUCCACCGAGCAGUGGAAUGCAAUUGAAUCAGCUGCGGCCUCCGCUGUUGAGACAAAACGAUACACAUUUAGCCCAGAUAAAGUGGCCAAAGUGAAAGCAAUCUGCACACAGUUUCUCCCUCAGCUACAGUCCUCCGCAUGGCUCUCUAGUAACGACAUUAUCACUGCAACGCUAGUCAUCUGCAUCGAUCGAACCCUUCACCCGGACAGGGCGGACAAGACCGGAUCCGCGGACUUCCUAAUGGCCGUCGAUUUGCGCAGCCGCAUCCAGCCCCCGCUGCCAGAGACCUACUUGGGCAACUCGAUCUUCCCCGUCCACGACGAAAUCUACUUUAAAGAGACAGCAGGCCAAACAGGUGAGGACGCAGACUCGCUCCACCUAACCCAGCUAGCGCUGCACAUCCGCAACAAACUCGCCUCCAUGGACGAGACCAUCGCGUACAGUGCAUCCGCCGCCGUCGCAGAGUAUGACGACUGGACCAAGAUCGAAGCGAACCCCGCGGGUAUAAUUGUGACCAGCUGGCGGAGCCUGAAGAUCUAUUCACUAGAUUUUGGCGCUAGGCUCGGCUACAUUGAAGAUUUUGAGCCUGGGCUUGCGCUUGUUCCAGGUGGGUGCAUCUUUUUGCCAUCGCGGGUGUCACUAGAAAAUAGCGGGUCGACUCCGCCGUGGGAGGUGUGUAUUACGAUGAAGAAGGGGGAUAACCAGGUGCUUGUUCAGGAUCCACUCUUUUCUCAAAUCUUGGCAUGA